CACACGCUGUGCCAGCAGACAGUUUCAGCUCUCAGCAACUGAUGCACAGACAGCUGCCGUUUCUCUCUUCCCCUCUUCUUUGCUUCCCCUAGCAAUUCUCCUUCCUUUACUAUACUGCCCCUAGUCAUCCCUUCUGCACUUUCCCCUUCCUUUCCUCUGCUCUGUCAUUCUGCCCGGCACUUUUCCUCAGCCGGAUAUAAAGCCACCUCUUGUUGGAGGGUUGGAGGGCUUGUGCAAUCUUUGGCUGCACGAGCACACAGAGUUGUUGCUUCAGCUGGAAAGGCAACGCAACAGAGGACCUACAAACACCUAUAGGACAAAUUCAGAAUAAAUUCCAGGAAGAAGGAGAGGAAGAAGGAAUACCGCUGAGAAAAUAAAGGAGAAGAAGGAGGGGGACGCAGCAAGAGUUUGGAGGUGCAGAACACAGACCAUGCCGGGCUCUUUGCUGGUGCUGCUGUCCCUGUUGGUCCUGUCCACAGGAAGUGAUGCCAGAAGAAUUAGGAAAAGAGGACUCAACCAUAAGGAUUAUGAGUAUCUCAAUCACCCUCAGUCCACACAGCACCAAAAGAACGACCGGUGUCCACCACCACCUCAGAUGCUGCCAGAGCGAGCCUGCGAGGUGCCGGGCUGCCGCUCAGACUCAGAAUGUGAGCGCCACAAACGCUGCUGCUACAAUGGCUGCAUUUAUGCCUGCCUGGAGUCUGUUCAGCCACCACCAGUUCUGGACUGGCUGGUGCAGCCCAAGCCUCGGUGGUUGGGGGGUAAUGGUUGGCUCCUAGACGGUCCUGAGGAGGUUCUGCAAGCUGAGGCCUGCAGUACUACUGAGGAUGGAGAUGAGCCUUUGCACUGUCCUACUGGCUACGAAUGCCACAUCAUAAACCCAGGAAACCCGGCUGCUGGCAUCCCUAACCGAGGACAGUGCAUCAAGCAGCGUGGCAACUCUGAUGGACGUGGCUUGAGGCACAAAUACUUUAAGGACUAUAAGGAUUACUUAGGUACCAGCUCUAACAAUGCAGUGGGCUAUGAAAAGCAUCACCACAAACACCUGGGGUAAAAUCAACUUGAACUCAGCUUCAGCUAUGACCAUAGCACAACCUCAGACAUCAGUCCAGUCCUGUUUGAUCUGCUCACAACUGAACCAGGAUCAGAUCUGACCUUUUUGACUACACCUACAGCUGCUACCUCCUCAAUGCAAUGCCCUGUCUUGCAGCCUCUCCUCAGUCACGUGUCCUUAUGGAGACAAGUCUGUUGCACUUUCAGGAUGCAGCCAAAGAAAUAAGAGCUUUUGUCCCUCUGUCUGAUGUCUGUAAAAGGGAGGAGGAGAGGGUAUUGAUGAAGGCAGGCCAAGGUGCAUACCAAAGCUGUUCAUCAAAAAUGUCAAAGCAACCCACCCACCCCUUUUUUUGCCC